AUGAGUGAUCAUAUAGAGAGACACAGGUCCCUGAGAUGGGCCAACGCCAAUGCUCCUUCAUAUCAAUGGGGUGAUAGUGAAGAUGAAGAUGAUGGGUACGAAUACGAGAAUGAGCUUGAUGGAGAAACGAGCACUAGUAAUAUGCCUCCUCCCCUCCCUGAUUUAAAGACAUUAAAGCUUUCCCUGGACGUUUCAGAGGCUCUAGAGGUUAAUAAUGUCGCUAAAUCAAAUGAUGGAAGUGUUGAUAAUAGGUCACAACCAAGUACAAGCCAAGUGCCCUUGGGUAGUACAUCCAAAUUGGUCCUUUCUAUUGAUAAUAUGCGUGCCAAUGGUGAUGACGAUGAUGACGACGACGAUGACGACGACGAUGAUCACGACGUAAACGAAGUUGAUAAUAAUAAUAUAUACAACCAUCUGCAUAGUAAGGAGCACAUCAAUCAUGAUGACGAUGGAGAAGAUGGGUUUGAAGAUUCCAAGAAUAGAUUGGAGAAAGCAAUGACUCCUACAAGAGUAGAAGGAAAAACAGAAGAUAUAUGUUUACCUUCAUUACCGCCAAUUACCACAACUACUUUAAACAACAAAGUGUCGCAAUUAUACUACCCUCCUUCAAGAGAUGGGUUCGCUACCGAACAACCAUAUACACCUACCUCGGAAGCAAGCUUUACGUCCGAUGCCGACUCCAUUCAGUACGAACCUAAAACAUUGAAUGUAAAGAACCUGCAACAUGAAGAUGAAAUAUCCACUAUCUAUGAUAUUCAUGAAGAAGGCUUGAACCACGCUCCCACAGUCCGUGAUUCAGCAUCUUUAAAUCAUUUGUCACAGCCGAAACAGUCACAAACCAGUAGUACUUUUGGAAGUCAACAACAAGACCAACAACGAGUAUUCGUACCAGCAGUUCAUUCAGAUCCUCCCAAAUUAGAAUUGAACAUAGAUAGUUGGCAGAAAAGUGACGACAAUGAUGACUCAAGUGAUGACGAUUGGGGCUACAACGGAAAUAACUCUGAUGACUUACCAGAGGUUGAAGAUGUUGUCAAAGAAUCCGUUGCCCUUGUGGUAGAUCAUCAAGAUUCACUUGAUAGGACUCGAACACCAGAAUUAGUGUCAACAAAUCUGCCUGCGCCAUAUUCUUGGGAUCAGAGUGCUGACAAUCAUAGUUCUAAAGACAGUAUCACAUUCCACAAUCCCGAAACUUUGGAUAUGAGGGUAUCACCUUCGAAUACCGGAAAUAUUCCAGAUGUUCAUUGCAAUCAAGAGCAAGAUACACAGACUCGGGGAUUGAACAUUGUUAAGUCUUCCAAGCCUGAAAAUCAAUCAACCACUAAAGUUGCUGCAACUGAUGAUCUUCAAGAUUUAAUUAAGGAAGUCACUGAGGCUUCAUAUAAUGAUAGCAGACAUUCCAAUAAUGAAAUUCAUCCAGUACAUUAUGGAAAAUCUGCUGACCGGCAAUUUAGUCUCAGGAGUAGUUCAUCGAUCAGAAAACCUCCUCCUGAUCUUUUCGAAGCUGAAGGCUUGACAGAAAACAGUAGUACUCCAAGUUUGUCUUCCCCAAAUAAUAGAUUGGUUUCUGGAGACUAUUCAAACAUAGCGGAUGCUGUGGACUCUUAUAUGAGCGAUGGACCUGACAGCUCAUCUCGUAUACGGAGUCAAACCAUUCAGGAAGAUGAAGCUGAGCAAACUGAUGAUAAUGUUACUGUUACAGAUGGAUACUCUUUUGAAGAAAAUAGUGAAUCGAUUAUGCCCUCAAACCCCACUCAUCGCGUACCAAAUGUGUCUAUUGCGAAUCCCGAAGGUAAAGAUGACGAUUAUGAUAUUACUAGUUUUACACCACCUUCUAUACCAGGCAUUGGUAGUGGAGGUGGUAAAUCACCUCAACUUUCAACUUCAGGAGAAGAGAGACCUCUGGUUUCUAGAAUGUCAACCAUGAGUAAUAAUACGUUUCAUUUCGGAGAAUGGGAACCCAAUACUAACAACUUUAGAGAUGCAUUUAUCGGUCAUAAUGAUAGGGACUCUGUGUUACCUACCAACCAGAACAUUUCAGAACAAUAUCAAAAUUUUACUAAUGGCAAUACUCGACCAGAGGAUAAUGAAAGCAUAACUUCCAUCCCUGAGACAGUAGAUGCAAGACUACCAAGUAUUCAUGAAGACAUCGAUAACUCUACUACGCACAAUUGGUCUCAAAGAGACCUCACUUCAACAAUGACACGUGAUUCUAUUUUAUCUGAUAAACCAUACAUUUCACCUACAUUCAAGGAAGAAAAACUUACCCCAUUACCCUCUGAGGAUGCCGUUAACCUUGCCAAACCAACUUCAAAGGAUUUACCUCAGAAAUACACCAGUUUACUUGGAGCUGUGGAUGAGAGUACCAAAUCAUCUAUCAGUGCAUCAUCGCCUCAGAAUGAAAAUGCUACUCUUUCACAUAAGAGAUCCCAAUCUCAUGGAAGUAUCACCACAACAGCUACGUCUGUGUCGCGGGUCACAUCUAGUGGUGGUGGAGGGACUAAUACAAUAACUACUCUAGUGACUAAUAGUGAUUUUAAACCCAAGGCAUAUCCUGUGUUCAACUGGAAAGAAAUAAUGGCUUAUAAAGAUCCAGAGAUGAGAAUUAUCAAGUUAAAUGAGGCCCUUUUGUUAGAGUCACAGUAUGAUUCCGGCUUGCAGGCUUGGUUGAACCAAUCUCUUCAUCAACAAGAUGAGACUUCGACUAUUCAGAUAGGGAAGAUUGCAAGCUCGGCUUAUCAAAGUGCAGCUCAUAGUGAUAUUAGAAGACACCAAUCCUUAAGGAGUAAGGUAAGUUCUGUCAAGGACAGAAUGGAGAAUUCUGGCCACCAAGCAUCGAGUUUUGGGAAACGAUUCUUUAAUAGAGGUAAGAAAUUGGUUAACUCCACUACCAAAUAA